UUCCUGGGACCUGAACUAGCAGGCUUGCCUGCCAAUUUUGUGAUUCAUCGAUCUUUGUAGCCUUCAAGCAAGAGCCCUGCUGUCUGACCUGCCGACCUUGGGUUCGCCAGCCCCUGCAGCUACGUGAAUCAGAACAAGCCUCCAGCCUGACCCACGGAUUUGGACGUUCCAGCCUCUAUAACCGCGUGAUUCAUUUCCUUGAUAUAAAUCUCUCUCUAUAUAUAUAUUUAUUUAUACUCAUUACUGGUUUUGCUUCUCUAGAGAACCCAGCCUAAGACGACAAGUAAAAAUAUCUGUAUUUUACAGAUGAAGAAACUAAGAAAUCAAGUUGCCUGGAGUCAAACAACUAAACUUGGAAAUUCAGCUGAAUGAUUACAAGGUGUUUGGAUCAAGGACAUCUGAGGUACCAGACUCACAAAGGAAGAUUUAAUGUUGAUUAAGAUACCUUGGUUAUCUGUGGAUCCUCCCGAAAAAGACCAUUUUAUUUAGUGGAAAAUAACCUUCAAGUUAAUUGUUUAAAGGGAUGUCAUUACCUGGGACAGAGUGUCAACCUUUGCUACUUAGUGAAUUUUUGGAUGAAGCCAUCAAAUUAAUUGCUUGCCAUCAUGAGCAGAAGCAAACGUGACAGCAAUUUUUAUAGCGUAGAGAUUGGAGAUUCUACAUUCACAGUCCUGAAACGAUACCAGAAUUUAAAACCUAUAGGCUCAGGAGCUCAAGGAAUUGUAUGUGCAGCUUAUGAUGCCAUUCUUGAAAGAAAUGUUGCGAUCAAGAAGCUGAGUCGGCCAUUUCAGAAUCAAACUCAUGCUAAGCGGGCUUACAGAGAACUAGUUCUUAUGAAAUGUGUUAAUCACAAAAAUAUAAUUGGCCUUCUGAAUGUGUUUACACCGCAGAAAUCCCUGGAAGAAUUUCAAGAUGUUUACAUAGUCAUGGAGCUCAUGGAUGCAAAUCUUUGCCAAGUGAUUCAAAUGGAACUAGACCAUGAAAGAAUGUCCUACCUUCUGUAUCAGAUGCUGUGUGGAAUCAAGCACCUGCACUCGGCUGGAAUUAUUCAUCGGGACUUAAAGCCCAGUAAUAUAGUAGUAAAAUCAGACUGCACUUUGAAGAUUCUUGACUUUGGACUGGCCAGAACUGCAGGAACGAGCUUCAUGAUGACACCUUAUGUGGUGACUCGCUACUACAGAGCCCCCGAGGUCAUCCUGGGGAUGGGCUACAAAGAAAACGUUGACAUUUGGUCAGUUGGGUGCAUCAUGGGAGAAAUGAUCAAAGGUGGUGUUUUGUUCCCAGGUACAGAUCAUAUUGAUCAGUGGAAUAAAGUUAUUGAACAGCUUGGAACACCAUGUCCUGAAUUCAUGAAGAAACUGCAACCAACAGUAAGGACUUAUGUUGAAAACAGACCUAAAUAUGCUGGAUAUAGCUUUGAGAAACUCUUCCCCGAUGUACUUUUCCCAGCUGACUCGGAACACAACAAACUUAAAGCCAGUCAGGCAAGGGAUUUGUUAUCCAAAAUGCUGGUAAUAGAUGCAUCUAAGAGGAUCUCUGUAGACGAAGCUCUCCAGCACCCGUACAUCAAUGUCUGGUAUGACCCUUCUGAAGCAGAAGCUCCACCACCCAAGAUCCCCGACAAGCAGUUAGACGAAAGGGAGCACACCAUCGAGGAGUGGAAAGAACUGAUAUACAAGGAAGUUAUGGACUUGGAGGAGAGAACCAAGAAUGGAGUAAUACGGGGUCAGCCCUCUCCUUUAGGUGCAGCAGUGAUCAACGGCUCUCAGCACCCAUCGUCGUCGUCAUCGGCCAAUGACGAGUCUUCAAUGUCAACAGACCCAACUUUGGCCUCUGAUACAGACAGCAGUCUGGAAGCAUCAUCAGGACCUCUGGGCUGCUGUAGAUGACUACUUGGGCCUUGGGGGGGAGGGAUGGUGGGGAAUCACUUAGUUGUCUAUAGAACUACUUUGAAAACAAUUCAGUGGUCUUAUUUUUGAGUGAUUUUCAAAAAUGUAGAAUUCAUUUUGUAAUAGUUUUUUUUUUUUAAUUUCAAGUGCUGUAAUUUAAAACUUAUGUUUAAAAACAGCAACCAAACUGUGUUGUAUUUUUUUCUGUAAUUAACUGUAUAAUGUAAACCUAAUUAUUUUAUUAUGGUUUAAAUUUUUACAUAUUUGCUUUAUCUUAUGCUGCUGAUUUUUUUUUUUUUUACUGAAUUUUGUAAGAUUUGUUUAUCAAAGCAACUAUUAUGUGGUGACUUGCCUAUAUCAUGAAUUAUUUAAGAUUUUUAUAGUUUUUUUUAAUAAGAAUUUAUUUCAGAAGUUUUGUUCAUGAUACUAUCCUUCAGGGUUAUGUGCUUAUCAACGAAAUAACCCAAGAGGAGUGAGGGAAAAUAACCUGUAGCCAGUUAUAUUCAGGAAUAACUACUGUAAAUGAUGAACGUGUUAAGAAACCUCCAACAUUCGCUACUUGCCAGUCCUAAUUUAGCUACAACAUUUGGUAGACUCUCCCACAAAGUCCCCGUCAUCUAAUUGGCAGAGUAGCUCAGAGCAUGUCUUCCUAGAUGCUGGGCGUCAACCACUACUCACCUGUCCCCCACCCACCCCACAAAAGUAAAGUAAGAAGAAUAUGGUAUGUUCUGCAGAUUUGUGGCAUGCUCAUAGCUUAUGAUCACCUGAAGUCAAGAGGAUACUUCAUGAAUAAUACCUUUCAACGCAAAUAAACAGAUGGUUCACUUCUAGCUACGAGCCUGUUUUUGUACACACUGAGUUAAUCUGCUCAGGCUGUAGGUCCCUGCAAUGGUCUUUCGUCUCCUGCAGCCUCGGGCCCUGAGACCUUUCUGGUUGCCUGUUACUUGGAGUGUCAGUGGAGCACCAGUUCUCCGGGUCUUGUGGCCAUCUGAUUCUAGUUGUAGCAUAGUCAUAAAAUACUAGCUGUCGGGAGGUCCCAAAGCCUACUCAGAUUUCCGUAGGUGAUGUACCAAGUGAGCAAUAUACCGUUCAUCGGAAAAUAGUAGCACACAGCCAUAUCUAGGAUAUCAUUUUCUAAGGACUGCUUUUUUACAUUGAGCAAAGCAGGCGUAAAUGGUGGUUAUUUAGUCUGAGUCUUUCAUUUUUUUAUAACUGAUUUUCAGUACAACACGCAAUGUGGGUGUUGAAUAGUGAAGAAUGGUGCUGCGCCUGACAAGUAUAUGUUAACUGUUUACAUUUUAUAUCUGCAGAAUUAUUUCUCUAUAACUAAAUUGUUCCUAAGUAAAAUGUCAUUGAAGUCUAAUUGUCUCUGAGAUACAUCAUCUGUAGUGACCCAGGCACCUUUUGUUAUCUUUGGAACAGGAGGAUUUGACACAGUGAACUGAGAAAUGCAUAAUUAAGUCAGUGGCCAGGCUCUGGGCAGAAGUCCAUUGAAAUGAGCGACCAGUAGUAGCGAGAGCAGGCACAGCCCAAUGCGUGCCACCUGAAGUUCACGUGGCACGGAUUCGCGCGUUGACUGCAGAUGUUAAUGUGCAAUAUUUAAGGUUAAAAUACAUUAGCUUUUUUGUAUGUUUUGAAAUAGUAGUUUGUUUCUGAUGUCUUAAAGCCAUGAGUUCCAGCUUCUUUUGAAGUUGUUAGUCUUUUUAUCCACCCCUUUCCUACUCAAAUGACAUGGUGCGUUCAUUUUUUCAGGCCAGUUAGAGCUUUGAGACUAUAACACCUCUUGAAUUGAGAAAUAGGAUUGGAUUCGUGAUUUUAGCAAAAAUUUGAGCCUGACUGUGUUCUUAGUUUACAUUAGCUUGUCAGUUAAUCAGCGUGAUUUGCUCUAGGGCAGAUUGUCCCACCGCUGCACUUUAACAGUCACACACUUUCAGAGGGUUCCGCGUCCUAUAUUUGAUGGUUGAAGAGCCAUCUCCACUGAUAGAGGUUUUGGUUAAACAAGGAAAACCAGGUGUUCUUCUUGUAUCAUUUGUUGUAAACGCCAGCUGCCACUUGCCACCAGCAUGUUUCAUUCAAAUUCAGAGAAAAUGAAUUCUUAUUUCUUAAUAUAGACUAAAAUAUUUAUCAGAUUGUAUCCUGAAAACCAAGUCUGCUGUUAAAUGUUGUGUGCCCUAGGUUUUUAAAAUACAGCGUCUAAAUACAACUUUUCCUCUUAAGUUGGUUAAGGGAAUAUGUGUGUGUGUGUGUGUGUGUAUAUAUAUGUAUAUAUUUAGAAGUUUUUUGAAUCUUUAAAGCCUGUUAAAUAUUGUUUUUUAAAUAGUAAUUACAAAUAAGGUUUCUAUCAAGCAGUAACUUAGGUAAAGCCACCUUGCUUAUCUUGUAAGUUUUUCAACUUUACACGCUUAAUGUAAUUAUAAUCUUACUGUCAGAAAAUUCUUUUGGCUAAGAUUUUUUGUUCAACUUUGUAGGCUAGGGAAGGGACACUAAUUCUUCCUACGUACGUCUUACUGGUUACUGUUCUCUUACCCUCUUAUGUAUACUGGCCACUUGUAAAAUGACUGUGUGGUUGAGAUCUCUUAAUUAUAAUACACAUAAAUAGAGCAUCGCAACUCUUUCCGUACCACUGGCUGAAUGGUUUUUGCUUGUGCACCUGUGGCUGCUGAUCGUUCCUGGUUCUUGUUCUUCCGAGUUGGUGAAGGCGCAGUUCAUUCACCCCGGCUUCCUCACCAGCCCUUCAGUGAGAAGGCCACCACACAACCUCUCUGAUGGAUAGAGAAGCUCAAUUGUAUGUAAAGUAACAAACUCUCCUGUAAGCCUUUUCAUUUUUCUAUUCCAUUCUGAUCCUGCUCUGUUGUCUGAGAAGAUGAAGGUGAAGAGGACCUCACUGUCUAAGUGAGAGCAGCAGCAGGCAAGUGAAGCUGCCUCCAUGGUCACAGAUGAGACCUGGGGGACACUACCGGCCGGUACCUGCUACCUACAUGAAGACUCAAGCACUCGGUGUUGCCUAGGCACAGGCCUGCACAACGUUCCGAGGUAAAAGCCUUGUACCUUUUAGAAAUGCUGCUGUAGUUCGUGUGUGUGGUGUUCCUUAGUCACACUAGCUGUGGAGUGAAUGCAUGAAGCCCCAGGGCCCCGAUAAAGGUCACUUACCCAUAGGAAAUAUAGGUCGCCAUUCUGUCACUAGCGCCCUCGUAAGUGUUGUCCUCCAUCCCCUUUUCCAUUUUAGUGUACAUUAUGUUUCUGUGAUCCCUUUAGGUUUUUUCCUAAUUAGAGGAAACGGAGGUUUCCUUCAUAGCAAGAAAGCUGAAGAGGUAAAGGGCAUUGAAGCAGAAAUGUAUAGUUUGGGUUACAAGUAGAAAACUCAUACAGAAAACAAAAGUCCUAAUUUCAAACUAACUGCUCUUAGUUAAGUGCUCUUAAGGAGAGUCUAGUAAGAGCAACAGUUUCCUGACCAUUGUGGUAUAGAUUCUCUGUUACGGAAACGGUUGAGAAAUGCGCCUGUGGACUAGUUUUGCACAAUGUUCUGUUCUCACGAUGACUUACAAAUAACACUAGGUUUUUAUCGAACUACCUCGCACUAGUUUUGUAUGCUCUCCCAAGGAAGCUGCUGCCCUUACUGUUCAGCCCUCACUGAGUGUGAGUCAUACAUUGUGUUAAAUACUUGAUAGCCAGUGUUGACACAGCGCCAGUGAGUAUGUGAAAUACACCUUGCAUCAGUAAGAGGUACUCACCUGUAAAAUCUUUCACUGUGUAUCUUGGAAAAUUGUGUUAGAUAGACUUAUUGAAAUUAUUACUGUCUGUUUUUGUAAGUAGGAACCUGCUCGUGGUAUCAGCCCAGUCUUUACAUUUUACAAAAGGAAUAAAUCAUAGUAAAUUUUACAAAGAAAUAAAUUACUUUUGUAGGCCCGAUAUUUGGUAUAUUUUUGAGAAAAUCUUUUAGCUGAGUGGUGAAGCUAAACUAAACUAGCUGUAUGCCUGGACUGCGACGUCUGUUUUCUCAGGACAGCUUACCUGUUCAGCAGGUUUGAAAACCUGGAAGUCCUAACUCUGAUAAUUGACAUCUGUUUUCUGCUUGUACAGUGCUGUUCCUUCUUCGUUCCUCUCCCUCCCCUCCUCUAGACAAGACAAAAUGGGGCACUUUGUAGGGAAUGCUGAGAUAAUUACUGUGGUUUUUAAUUGCUUAUGCCCUGGUCAUUAACCUUGCACCACUGGAAUGUAAACUAUGUUAUCUAGUAUGUCAGCUGGUUAUAAUAUUUUAAAUAAAAAAGAAAAAAAAGUGGUAUGAAAAUUAUGAAAUUAAGAGUAUUUUUAUUGAAAAUAAAAUGUAAAUUUAUGGUGAAAAGUUUUUGUUGGCAGUAGUAGGAUUUCGUGGGGAUUGGGUUAGAAGGGGUAUCCCUAGGCUACUAGAUUUGGACUUCACAGACUUGGAAGAUCCCGAACUAUUGCCCUGGUUUUCUGGUUUAUCUGGUCUUACAUUUAUGGUGUUUGAAGUCACUGGAGAAACUAUCUUAAAAAAAGGAGUUUGCUUCAGUGCCCUUAUCCUGGCUUUUGGGAAUCACAUAAGAGAGCAGCCAUCGUAACCACUUGGCAGAAGUGAUUUAAAACUAGUGUCUCUUUUGAAGCAAGUAGGGGCUUUCAGCCUUGAGCAUGUUUCCAGUUUUUGGCAUGUGUAUUUUCUCCUCAACCGGCACUGGGCAUGCCGCCACGUGGGUGUGUGGGGCGGGGACUCUGUCUGCCUGUCAUCCCAGCCUCUCUACGGUGACACUGCUCAUCUUUUCCCCGACUCUGGCUGCAGAUAACCCUAGUCUCCAUGUCAUCUCGCACUCACGCUCGCCUUCUCUGGGGAGACAGUAGAGGAUGGGCAGGCUUCAUGCUUGACGUCUCUGCGUGGUCAGCUGGUGAGGUUGCUGACCCGUGCACUUUUCUACCACUGUGGCUGGAGAAGUCUCCGAAAAGAAACUCAGUGGCAAAAGGAGACAUCAGAACGUAGUUUAAAGUUGUCUUUACUGUAAUGUUUUUUUCUCUUUCUUUUCUUCCCUCUCAGUGAUAAUACCCUAGAGAUACCAAAUAAAAUGAAAUAAUUUAUCUUUGUUAAUUUAGUUAUUGAAUUUAUUUUAGCACUCUUCCCUUAAAAGGCCCAUUAACUUUAUGUAAAAGAAGGUUGAUUUAUACUGGUUUUGUGGAGGGGCGAGGGUUGGUUUUUGUGGUUUUUUUUUAAGCUGUUGUAGGUUAUAUAUUGUCUUAGUUAUCUAGUGCUGCUAUUACAGAGAUACCACAGGUGGAUGGCUUUAACAAACAGAAGUUUAUUCUGUCACAAUCUAGGAGGCUAGAAGUCUGAAUCCAGUGCGCCAACUCCAGGGGAAUACUUUCUGUGUCAGGCCUAGAGGAAGGUCCUUGUCGUCAAUCUUCCCCUGGUGUAAGAGCUUCUCAGCGCAGGGACCCCAGGUCCAAAGGACACGCUCUGCUCCCAGCUCUGCUUUCUUGCUGGUAGGAGGUACCCCACUCUCUCUGCUCACCUCUGUUAUAGCUCAAAAGAGAUUGACUCAAGAUACAACCUAACGUUUUAGACUGAGUCCUGCCUCGUUGACAUAACUGCGUCCAACAUCAUACGAGCAGGAUUCACCACACACAGGGAACUUCCAUCAGUUGACAAAAUGGCUGCAACACAACACUGGGAAUCGUGGCCUGGCCAGGUGGGCGCGCAUUCUUGGAGGACACAGUUCAGUCAGACCACACACACCAAUCUAUCUUAGGGCUUCAUUUGAAACUAAAAGGUAAACUUUAACAAUGCUUUGUAAAUGUUAAGUUCCUAACAUGUGUUUCACUUAAUUUUAUCAAUUAAUGAAAGCAUGUAUGUCUAAGACCCUGUGCUGGAAGCUCGGAGUGAGGUGAGAGACAGAACUGGGUGACACUGUCCUGCCUUAGUAGGCUCAGAGUCUGGUCGUCCUGCUUCAGUGUUGUGUAGAGGACUGAGGAAUGCACAGAAGUAACCCAGGCGGGAGUGACUGAUGAGAGGACAUGAGUAGGGUUUUCUGGAGGAGGCGUUUCUUGAACCUUAGUACAAAGAACGUGUGGAGAGGAAGGGUAUUCUGGGCUAAGGGAAUGGUGAGGAGGCCUAAAGCUAUAUGGACAAAGAAUGAGGAAUGGCUGGUAUGGGUGUAGGAGUAUGAAGAGGUAAUUAUGGAAGAUAAAACUGAAAAUGUCAAGAUCAGAAUUGAAGCAUUUUGAAGGAGUUCUCUAUAUUUUGUAGACAGUAGGAACUCAAUUUUAGUUAGUGAGAGGAGUGAUGAUCCAGGAGGGUCACGGACAGCAGUGAAAAGGCCGGAAGGCUAGUGCAGGUGAGGAGAUGGGUGCCUGGGAGGCUGAAGACGCUAGGUGGAGAACACAGUGGAGUGGGAAAGACGGGACUCGUUUAGACAUGCUGCCAUUCCUAGGUGAAGUCCACAAGUCAGCAUCUGGGGCUGGGGGCAGGUUUUGAUGGGAGACAGACAUGAGACUGCAGGGAAAACACGUCCAGUGUAUUGCCUGGUUUGUACAUCGAGGUUGAAGGUGUCCAUGACACAACACGCAUCAAGUGUGGCGCCUACGUGUCACUUGCUGCUGAAGGGUGGGAGAAAAGAAACGGUUGAUUUGCUCUUGGUAACUGCCUGUCCUUCUCGAGGUCUCAUCACUCUCUCGUCCUGCCCAUGCACCACUUCCCUUAGUGUGGUUUUGUCCACAGUGCCAUUGCAUGGACAGAGGAAGAAGAUAGGAGAAAGAGUCUUGUUGGCUGUAACACGUUAGACUUCUAGAGAGAGGUGCCUAGAGAAGAGGGGGCCUAUUUCUGACGGCUGAGGAGGCAGUGAGUGGUAAAGCAGGCAGCAGAAAGAACUUCAGAAAUUUGGCAGGAAAUGGAAGAAUCAUGACAGUGUCUUGAGAAGAAAGGGGUAGGCUCAGGGCUCCAAACAAAUAAAUCAUGUUGUCUAGCCAUGCCCUAACCAGUCCAGGCAAUCCCUCCACCACCCGCACUCACAUCUUCACAGCUGUGUUGUUUGGCCUGCCUUAAAUCUGGGUUGUUGAAGGCCCAGUUUACAUCGUCUGUUCUCUGAUGAACCACCUCUGCAGUCACCUUUUCUCUUGUAUGCCCGUUGCAUACUUGCUUGCUUGCUUCAUUCAUUCGUUCCCCACCUUGUUCCACAGAAGGACUGAAGAUGGCAUGUUGUGUGCCUCGUACUGUUGGUAUGUGCUUGGCUUCUGAUGGGUGGAAGAACCGUUACAGUGUGUAAUUGACUAUGCCUGGGAAGUAGGCAUCCAGUAAAGGUCGGUUGGCUUAGCUAGCGUCUGGGGCCUGACUUCUACACCUUUGCCAUCCUCUGAAAACACAGUAUUCGCGGCCCUCAGAAUGGUACAAGGGAUCUGCAUCUAGCACAUUAAGUUAGUAGGGGCUCUAUUGCCAGAACCAGAGUGGAACCCUGCCUUCUGCCAGCUCCCCCAUCCACAGCAAGGCACCCAAGUUGCUAAGUUGCCUGAGCACUCUGUGGCUCUGUUUUCUUAUCUGUAACUUCAUGGGGGUGUUCAUAUAUGUAGGCAGGGCCUAGUGAGCUCUCAGGAAUGUUGUUGCCGUUUUCUGCCAACCUCACUAGACAUUCUGGUUGUGGAGGUGUUUGAAACCCUGGUUUUAAAAAUCUAACAUGAAGUAUCCCUCUCCUGUCUCUCUGAAUCACAGCUGCGUCUUUAGGCAAACAUACCCAGAAGAGCUGGAUCAUAACCGUAUACUGCUGCUUUCUUUCUGGAUUUGAUGGGGUGGAAGGAGAGAUUCCAGUGCCCGAGGCAUGGGGGAGGGCAACUGUCAUAUCUACUUAGUUAGAACUCCUGAGACGCCUCCCACGUGGGAACUGCUGGAGGACUGCGGGGAGGAGGCUGGGGCUUUGCUUCAAGAGGAGGGGUUUUACCCAGUGAGCACGUGAUCACUGUGACUAAAAAAAAAACCCACUGCCGUCGAGUCGAUUCCGACUCAUAGCGACCCUGUAGGACAGAGUAGUACCACAGGCUGUGGAAGUGCGGAGACGUAGGUGACGUUCAUUCAGGUGCCUUAGGCAAUACGCUGUUCCGUAGCUGGCCCAUCAUUCAAUAGCCAUUUAAAACAAAUCACACACGUUCUUGAGAGUAUAUUCUUACUUAAAAAAAAGUACAUGGAUUUGUCCGUCUUUUAAUGUCAGGCAACUCUUUUUUUUUUUUGGUACAAGAUCGCCAACAGAAGUGUAUAAACUGUACCAUAGUUCAUCUUUUCCAAUUUCCAGUCUUUUCCUUAAAGUCACACAAAUUUCAAACCGCACUUGAAGUAACCUGAGAGCAAAUUUCGUCUAGAUUUUUACCAAUUUUCCGUUAUUGAAUAGCUGACUCAUUAACUUGCAGUUGCUAAAGCAUUCAAAUAGGUAUUCUUAGUAGAUUUUCAAAGAACUAAUUCCCUACCUUUCCACAUUCAUAAUUCAUUGAUCUAUUGAGCAUUAAACGACGUCAUCACAGCUGGAAUUACCUGGCUUGGCAACAGGUUGGUAAGUGUAACUCAGUUGGGGACGGCAGAGGUGGAUGGGGGGCCCUGGCCAGAGCUUGGAGGCCCAAGGCUCGGCCUGCUGUGGCCCUCAGUCAGAAAGUUUUCGGAACCACGUGGAGAGUGCGGUGAGGGAGACUGCUCGGCCUGCUGUGGCCCUCGUUCAGAAAGUUUUCGGAACCACGUGGAGAGU